AUGGCCAGAGGUCAAAGUCAAACGCCAAAGUCGAGUACUUACAUCCAGUUGCCAAAGAUCAAAUCUCCUGAGGCCCAAGUUUUCUCUCAGGUCCAUGUUGUCUUGGGGUGGGGCACACUUUCUUCUGAACGCUGCAUUCCAUUUGGCUUAGAUUUCCUCCAUGGUCAGCUUGGAUACUGGAGAAGUCGCAUAUUCUUCCUUGUUUGGUUCAUGUUUGGAAGCAUCUGGGGCCUGGAUGAAGAUAUACUUGGGUAUGACACAAUGGUGUUUCCCUCAGGUUGGCACUGUCUGACUAAUUGGAAGUGCCUUAUUUUUGCCAUCAUCUUGCAAUUCACCAAAAUAUUGCAGAAGAAACUCUUUGACAGGCCAGUGUGCUUGAAUUUGAUGCCAGAAAUGCACGUGUCAUCUGCUGCAGCAUUAGGGGACAAAGGUGACAAAGCCUUCCUGGUAUUGUCCCAAAGCACCAGCAAUGAGUUUACCCGCGAUGAGCCAGUAGUCAUUUUUGCGAAAGUUUAUGUGAUGAUGUUGACAUUCUACCAGUUCCAGAAUAAGGAAACCAAGAUUGUUGGCAUCCUCCGCGACAUGUAG